AUGGCAGUUAAGGCCGUACAUAUCGAACUGGUAGAGGACCUAACGACGGACUCAUUUAUUGCGGCUUUAAAGCGAUUUGUGGCAAGAAGAGGUAAAGUAAAAAACAUAUAUUCCGACAAUGGAACAAACUUUGUUGGAGCGGAUCGAGUAUUGCAAAAUACCCUGAAAGACAAGGAAUUCAAGAAGGAGAUCCAAGAUUUUGCAACCAGAGAAAUGAUAAAUUGGCACUUCAUACCGGCCAGGUGUCCACACUAUGGAGGUCUUUGGGAAUCAGCAGUGCGGUUACUAAAGCUACAUUUAAGACGCACUAUAGGCGAAUCAUGUCUAACUGUUUCUGAAAUGACGACUGUAUUGGUACAAGUCGAAGCAGUUCUAAAUUCCAGACCAUUAACUCCGUUGUCAGAGGACCCAAAUGAUCUACAUGCAUUAACACCAGGUCAUUUUUUAAUUGGAGAAAAUUCGCAAGUGUAUCCUGACAUUGACUUAAGAGAUGUUCCAGAAAAUCGAUUAAGCAGACGGCAACAUGUGGAGCAACUUAAGUAG